CGCCCGACGAAGCUGAAAUUCGGUCCAACUCUAAAAUGAGUCGUGCCGCUCAAAAUUCGGGCCAGAAACAGGCUGAAAUCAUACAGUGUAUGCCCAACUUUAGAUAUUAGACACUAGCAGGAACUCCCCAUCAAGUCAAUGCAAAACACUGGCUACACCAAUGCAUCAGAUGUUUUUUAGACUGUGUAAUGAUGUUGUGUCGGAACAUCCAUCAAAGUCAGAUUGUAUUCAACCCCGCCUGCAUGUCUGUCGUGGUACAGUAUGUGUUUAAUCAGAUUAGUGUGCAGCUAUGGACGUGGUUUAGGUCUGUGUGACGACACGGAGAGGUUGUUCUAAACAGCAAUGGCGCCUCCUAAAGAGGUUAGCGUAGAAACUGCAAUAGCGUCAGUUCUAUCAGCACUGGAGAGUAUUUCUUCAUUGAAAGAAGAGCAAAGAACGGACAGAAGAUAAAAUGAUCCUCGUUUGCUGUUUGUAGGGAUUAGUCUCUGAACUGAUCUUGGCUCUGCUUCCUCUGGCGUUCCAGCUAGCAUCAUGCAGCCCUGAAGCGCACCACAAGCCUUAAUACCAAGCAGGCCUACUCUUCCUCAUCCUUUUUUUUUUUUUCUAGAGAUGUCAGCCUCUGUCUUUCCUUGUUAAAAAGUGGAAGCAGUGCCAACGUCAGAUCAGAAACUAAUCCCAAACACAGUACAGACAAUCUUGUCAAAUGGUUUCAAAGAUGUUUACUGAGCCUUUUUAUUUCUAAACAGUGAUUUAGUGUGACUGGGUUCCACAAGGUGUCCUCGACUACUGUGGUGAUUAAGGCAGUGGGGUAAAUCUGUCUGUAAGAUGUGAUCUGCAGCUCUGCGGUAAACUCAUUAGCUCGGCCAGACGUCAGCUUCGCUCUUGCGCUUCUUAACUUGAACCCCGGGGCUUCAGGGAUGCUCCUGCUUUCUGAACUUUCUCUCACAUUCAGAUUUCUGCAGAAUAUUCUUGAAAUCUUCUAUCAAAUUUCUUUCUUGCAUAUAGAUGUUGUGCUGAUACAGCAUAUGAUGUGAACGGUGGACUUACUUUCAGCUUGUCGUGAGGCAGGGCGGACCUACUGUUGCCAUGGGCAACAAUGUGUACCGUGAUCGUGUGCUUCUUCAUUCGCCAAGUUAUCAAAUGCUUGAUAACUGUGUGGAAUUCCAGGAACUGCUCUUGUGCUGUGACACCCACUGACAACCUGCAGCACAUAGAGGAGGAGGGGGAGGAGUCCAGUUCCAGCAGCCAAUAGCAAGAGCUCGGAGCGUCGAAGAAGCUGGUGACAGCUCCAAACUGAUAGUGUGGCGAGCUGAAGGGAGAGCUGAGGCGAGCGUGGAGAGGCGGCGGGGCUUUCCUUUUCCAACCAUCCCGUGCUUUUCCUUCGGCCCUGUGGAAGCACUCAUCCACACCACUGCACCGAAACACACUCAUCACUCCUCUUCCUCCUCUCCGUUCUGUCACUGUUCUCUCUCUUUCUAUCUGUCUAUCAGUCCAUCUUGCUCAGCUGAACCUCAGCACCACAGACCAGUCAAGACCUCUCAGUGAAGACUGGUUGUUCAGGUUGUAGAUCAUCCUACUCAGGCAGUGCAGUAGUACAUUUGAAUACAGGACUUCAGCAGCCCAGAGUCUGGCUCGGUACCACAGGGUCCCACAGGCGAUGAGGAGGGCCAGGGGGUUCGUCUCUUUCUAGACUUUCUCUUCUCCACCUUGUGUCUUCAUGUUUUGGGGGUCCUCCGGUGCCCCCGCCCUCUGUCGACCCCCCCGCACCUGCUGCCACCACGGCCGGCCACCCCAGUCGCCUCGUUGCCAUGCCGACAGAGACGCUGGCUCCAGCCCUCCCAGAUAGCAAGGCCGCUGGCCCCGCGACGGCCUUCGGUUCCGCCGUACCCCUCCGCAUCCUCAACAAGGGCCCAGACUACUUCAGGAGACAGGUGGAACCUAACCCAAAGCGCCUAAGUGCUGUUGAGAGACUAGAAGCUGACAAGGCCAAGUAUGUCAAGAGCCAGGAAGUUAUCAAUGCUAAGCAAGAGCCCAUCAAACCACCCAUGCUGGCCAAGCCUCCCGCCGGUCACACCCUCCUGUCCAAGAGAGGCUCUGGGAUUGGUGGAGGAAAUGGAGGCGGGAUACCUUUCAAAGCAUCCAAUAACAACGCCAAGUCGGACUCGUGUGCAACAAGCAGCGGCGGCAGCAAGCGGGAGAACUUAAACCUGGAGAUCCUUAAAAAUCUGCUGAACUCGUCGUCCUCUUCGGGAGCAGGAUCUGAAGGACUAGGAGGCGGAGCUAAGAGUGCUGUGUUGAUGAGGUCAUCGGGGGGAAUGGCCAGGAGUUGGACGCCAUCAGGGAUGCCGUUAACCUACCGGUCUACAAUGACACUUAAUGAGCAACCACCAGACUCAGCUCCCAGUCCAAGCACCUCACACUCCCUCCGAUCCUUCUCCCAUUCCCUGAAGGUCCCUCCGAUCAACAGCGGGGGACGUCGCAGUCCACUACAGGGAGGGAACCUCAACCUUAGCAGACGCGGCGAAGGAGUCAUAGAUCGUUCUCGCUCCCCGCUACCACCUCUACUCACCUCCCACUCUUCCUCCGACCUCCUGCGACUGUGCAACGGCAAGCCGCUUCGCACGGCCCGAUCCAGCAGCUCCUCAGCUCCGCCCCUCCCUCCAAAACCAAACCCUGCCUCCCUCCCUCCCCCCGCACUUUCCUUGUCGCUGCCUCCCCCUCGCCCAACCCCGUCCCCCUCGCUCUGUGACAACAUCACCCCCCAGUCGCUACUUUGUGAUAUCGGAGACCCUUCCAACACUUCAACCGAUGCCAACCUGGAGCUCGAGCUCGGUUCAUCCGUGGCUCGUCGUUCCUCGCUACACAGAUCCAAAUCAGACCUGUCGGACCGGUACGCCCGGGCUGGAGCUGACGUGGAACGCUUUUUUAACUACUGCGGCCUCGACCCAGAGGAGCUGGAGGCGGUCGGCCCUGAGAGCUUUGCGCGUGCCAACUCAGACAUCGUCAGCCUGAACUUCCGAUCAGCUUCUAUGAUCUCUUCCGACUGCGACCGGUCGCGGCGAUCUUCCAACGACGGGCUGUCGGACGCAGACGAGGACGAGGAGGAGGAGGCCGGGGAGCGUGUUCCGUACGGCAUCUCGGCCGUGGAGCGAAAUGCGAGAGUCAUCAAGUGGCUGUACAGCAUCAAACAAGCGAGAGAGACGCAGAAAGUCUCACAUGUUUAGGACAAGCACUGCAGUGGAUUGGAUGUACUUUAAACUACAGACAAACUGCCCCCAUGUUUCAGGAUGGAUAGAUGGACCAGAACUUCUCCAGAGACUGUGAUCUGGGCUCAGAACUGAAAAAUUGUCAAAAUGUAUAGAUGGAUGAAUGAAGAGAUGGAAGAGAAAGCCUGACAGGUCGAACAAACUUGGUAAGAAAACAGACAUUUUGUUUAUAAAUGAAUGAAGAGAUGAGGAGAAGGACUCUAAUCCACUUAGGUUUAGAACAACAUGAACACUAUGAAAGAAAGGAAUAAAACUUGGACAGUCAUAUGAACAAAAUGUUCGGUCGGGAGAGACAAACAAACACAAGAACGUUUCUCUACGGACACUGUAUAAUCAGACAGACAAAGUCUGUCAAUUUGCUUAAAAGCAACAAGAGGAGCAAAAUGCACUGCGAUUGUCCACGGACCCAUAACGUGACCGCCUCACUGCAAAGGGUUAUAGGCCUUUCUCACAGAGAACAUUUUGGCUAAUUAAAGCAUCGUCAGUGGGAUUAUCUUCCCACAUAGCUUGCGAGCUACCCAGCGUUCUAUCUGUCUUCACCAUGCAGUCUCAGUAGAAGUUUACCGAGGUGACGCGCGUCACACGCGUGUGUCUCGGAGCUAGUGUGGAUCGAUACAUGUGAUAAAAUGGAAGCGUGUAUGUUUUAUGAGUCGGGCGAUUGACGGACGUCAAAAACUAAAAAACGAUCGAUCAGCGUAUUUCUUUGACCGAUGUUAGAGCCGUCACUUUGUCAAAAAUCAACUUCAGACGAUUAAGAACUAAAGCAUCAUUCGUUUGACGUCAUUACAGAUCAAUACAUAUUUCCUACGGUUGGAAUCAAAAAGUGAAAACCCUAACUGACCUUAUGUUAACUCCUCAUAGCAACUCGGACCAUAGUUUCUGUGUGAACCAUAGACUGUAUGUAAAGAUGGACGACAUGACAGCUCCUACUCCAGCUAGGGAAUGAGUCCUUACCCCGGGUGAAGGAGUUCAAGUACCUCGGGGUCUUGUUCGCGAGUGAGGGGACU